CAGUUCAUAUACAGGUAUCUUCCAACCUCACUCGCCCUUUCUGUUUACCCGCUCCUCGUUGAUGUCUCAAAAAAUUUCGACAUUUCUGGUUCUCAAUCUAGGCAAGCAUGAGUUAAAUAUCGGUUUCAAGUCCUGCAUUGAUCCUGGUACUCCCCAAAACAGUCGCAGAAUAGGCAGCGACUUUCGCCACGAAAAGAAAUUGACGUUUGUGUGUCAGCCAACUUUUAGCAUGAUCGGCUUCGACAGCCUGACUUGCCUUGACGGAGCAUGGAGUCACAAACUUCCGGUAUGCUCAGCAAACUGCAAGGAUCCAGGAAUUCCACGAAAUGGCGCGCGGACAGGUGACAAUUUUGAACACGGUCAAGCGGUUAGCUUCACGUGCAAUAAUGGCUACACGUUGAUUGGUAGCAAGUCAAUGGACUGUCGGAAAGGAGUUUGGAGUUCAUCCCUUUCCCAUUGUAAAAAGUCCUGUACCGAUCCUGGCAAUCCACAAAACGGACGCAGAAUAGGCUUGGAUUUCCGGCAUGGCAAGAAAGUGUCAUUUACUUGCCAAGCCAAUUUUAAAUUGACUGGCACUGUCAGAAUCACUUGCUACGACGGAACAUGGAGUAACAAAGUUCCCACAUGCAAAGCUGUUUGCCUGGAUCCUGGGAUCCCCGUAAAUGGAAACAGAAUCGACAAUGAUUUCCUCGAUGGACAGACUGUGGCGUUCGGAUGUCAACCAGGCCACACGCUGAUUGGGUCGCAGGUUCUACGAUGCGUGGCGGGAAAAUGGGAUAAUGACUUACCAGAGUGUAAAGCGUCAUGCCCAGACCCCGUUGUUCCUUUGCAUGGCCGGGUUCUUGAUUCUAAGCCUGGUAACCGACACGGAGAGCAGGUGACAUUUGCUUGUGAUCAUGGCUUUAAACUAACAGGAUCGUCAACCAUGAGGUGCAACAAUGGAAUCUGGAACUCAACUGCGCCCUUGUGUACAGAUAUUGACGAGUGUGCAGAGGGACAGUCGGACUGUCAUACGAACGCUACGUGCAUGAAUAGUGUGGGCUCAUUUACUUGUACAUGUAAUGCGGGCUCAGUUGGAGAUGGCAAGAUCUGCUUUGCAAACUGCAAGGAUCUAGGAAUUCCUCGAAAUGGCGCACGAACAGGCAAUAAUUUUGAACACGGUCAAUCAGUUACCUUCUGGUGCAGAAAAGGCUUCACGCUGAUUGGAAGCAAGUCAGCGAAAUGUCGAAACGGAGUUUGGAGUUCAUCUCUACCUCAGUGCAAAAGCAAGCAUGAGUUAAAUAUCGGUUUCAAGUCCUGCAUUGAUCCUGGUACUCCCCAAAACAGUCGCAGAAUAGGCAGCGACUUUCGCCACGAAAAGAAAUUGACGUUUGUGUGUCAGCCAACUUUUAGCAUGAUCGGCUUCGACAGCCUGACUUGCCUUGACGGAGCAUGGAGUCACAAACUUCCGGUAUGCUCAGCAAACUGCAAGGAUCCAGGAAUUCCACGAAAUGGCGCGCGGACAGGUGACAAUUUUGAACACGGUCAAGCGGUUAGCUUCACGUGCAAUAAUGGCUACACGUUGAUUGGUAGCAAGUCAAUGGACUGUCGGAAAGGAGUUUGGAGUUCAUCCCUUUCCCAUUGUAAAAAGUCCUGUACCGAUCCUGGCAAUCCACAAAACGGACGCAGAAUAGGCUUGGAUUUCCGGCAUGGCAAGAAAGUGUCAUUUACUUGCCAAGCCAAUUUUAAAUUGACUGGCACUGUCAGAAUCACUUGCUACGACGGAACAUGGAGUAACAAAGUUCCCACAUGCAAAGCUGUUUGCCUGGAUCCUGGGAUCCCCGUAAAUGGAAACAGAAUCGACAAUGAUUUCCUCGAUGGACAGACUGUGGCGUUCGGAUGUCAACCAGGCCACACGCUGAUUGGGUCGCAGGUUCUACGAUGCGUGGCGGGAAAAUGGGAUAAUGACUUACCAGAGUGUAAAGCGUCAUGCCCAGACCCCGUUGUUCCUUUGCAUGGCCGGGUUCUUGAUUCUAAGCCUGGUAACCGACACGGAGAGCAGGUGACAUUUGCUUGUGAUCAUGGCUUUAAACUAACAGGAUCGUCAACCAUGAGGUGCAACAAUGGAAUCUGGAACUCAACUGCGCCCUUGUGUACAGAUAUUGACGAGUGUGCAGAGGGACAGUCGGACUGUCAUACGAACGCUACGUGCAUGAAUAGUGUGGGCUCAUUUACUUGUACAUGUAAUGCGGGCUCAGUUGGAGAUGGCAAGAUCUGCUUUGCAAACUGCAAGGAUCUAGGAAUUCCUCGAAAUGGCGCACGAACAGGCAAUAAUUUUGAACACGGUCAAUCAGUUACCUUCUGGUGCAGAAAAGGCUUCACGCUGAUUGGAAGCAAGUCAGCGAAAUGUCGAAACGGAGUUUGGAGUUCAUCUCUACCUCAGUGCAAAAGCAAGCAUGAGUUAAAUAUCGGUUUCAAGUCCUGCAUUGAUCCUGGUACUCCCCAAAACAGUCGCAGAAUAGGCAGCGACUUUCGCCACGAAAAGAAAUUGACGUUUGUGUGUCAGCCAACUUUUAGCAUGAUCGGCUUCGACAGCCUGACUUGCCUUGACGGAGCAUGGAGUCACAAACUUCCGGUAUGCUCAGCAAACUGCAAGGAUCCAGGAAUUCCACGAAAUGGCGCGCGGACAGGUGACAAUUUUGAACACGGUCAAGCGGUUAGCUUCACGUGCAAUAAUGGCUACACGUUGAUUGGUAGCAAGUCAAUGGACUGUCGGAAAGGAGUUUGGAGUUCAUCCCUUUCCCAUUGUAAAAAGUCCUGUACCGAUCCUGGCAAUCCACAAAACGGACGCAGAAUAGGCUUGGAUUUCCGGCAUGGCAAGAAAGUGUCAUUUACUUGCCAAGCCAAUUUUAAAUUGACUGGCACUGUCAGAAUCACUUGCUACGACGGAACAUGGAGUAACAAAGUUCCCACAUGCAAAGCUGUUUGCCUGGAUCCUGGGAUCCCCGUAAAUGGAAACAGAAUCGACAAUGAUUUCCUCGAUGGACAGACUGUGGCGUUCGGAUGUCAACCAGGCCACACGCUGAUUGGGUCGCAGGUUCUACGAUGCGUGGCGGGAAAAUGGGAUAAUGACUUACCAGAGUGUAAAGCGUCAUGCCCAGACCCCGUUGUUCCUUUGCAUGGCCGGGUUCUUGAUUCUAAGCCUGGUAACCGACACGGAGAGCAGGUGACAUUUGCUUGUGAUCAUGGCUUUAAACUAACAGGAUCGUCAACCAUGAGGUGCAACAAUGGAAUCUGGAACUCAACUGCGCCCUUGUGUACAGAUAUUGACGAGUGUGCAGAGGGACAGUCGGACUGUCAUACGAACGCUACGUGCAUGAAUAGUGUGGGCUCAUUUACUUGUACAUGUAAUGCGGGCUCAGUUGGAGAUGGCAAGAUCUGCUUUGCAAACUGCAAGGAUCUAGGAAUUCCUCGAAAUGGCGCACGAACAGGCAAUAAUUUUGAACACGGUCAAUCAGUUACCUUCUGGUGCAGAAAAGGCUUCACGCUGAUUGGAAGCAAGUCAGCGAAAUGUCGAAACGGAGUUUGGAGUUCAUCUCUACCUCAGUGCAAAACAAAUUGCAAGGAUCCAGGAAUUCCACGAAAUGGCGCGCGGACAGGUGCAAAUUUUGAACACGGUCAAGCGGUUAGCUUCACGUGCAAUAAUGGCUACACGUUGAUUGGUAGCAAGUCAAUGGUCUGUCGGAAAGGAGUUUGGAGUUCAUCCCUUCCCCAGUGUAAAAUUGCAGAUUUUUGUGCUCAGCAUCGUUGCCAGAACGGUGCUUCGUGUGUUAGUGGUGACUUGAAGUACACGUGUCUUUGUAACAGCGGGUGGACUGGCACCUACUGCCAUUUAUCUAUGAACGAUUCUUUGGUCAAAAUAAAUUUACGUCCUGUAUGUUUCGGUGCAAAGGAUAACCAGUAUGGCAGUUUCAAUGUCCCUUACGGUGGCCAAAUAGCAGCAGUAAAAUUGGUCCACCUAAGCGGUUACGUGACCUGCGAUAAUAGGAACUUUUCCCACUGGUCUUUCUGGGGCUGUGGUAGCCAUCCUUCAUCAAAAUAUUACGUUGAUGUAACCAUAACAACAUCAACAAAUACGAUUAUUUCGCCGCCAAGCCCGAUCCUCAAGGACCAGCGUGCUAGACUGUGAUUCGAGUUACCCGGAUAUAACUCGUUUUCUCCUGAGAUUAUCCUGCCGCGUUUUUCUCCUUACUCGGUGAGCUCGGGCCAAGAGUUGCGACUGUGGUAUGGUGAGGAUUUGGUGGACUUCACUGAAAACGACAAUGCAGGAUGGAUCUGCUGUAAUGUUUACGCUCUGUAUGUCUAAUAAAUACUGAAAAGUUUUCGGUUGCAAGAAUCAGGAAGAUUGUCUGACUGAAAUGAGUCAAUUUUGUUUUCGCUUUCUGGGUGCAGCAAUUAAGGGUUCUAUAAAUUGUAGUAAAGGCAUUUAGUAUAUUAGUUAACGUUGUUAAAGGAAAAGGAAACACGGAGAUAAGAUAUGUAGAAAGCUGUAUAACAACUGUGUUGAAAACUAAGUGAUUAGAUGGCAAUAUUAUUGUACACCAUAAGGCUAGACACAUUAAGAAAGUGAAAUGAAGCGAGGGCAUUAAUUAAAAAAGUUGGUUCAUU